AUGGUGAAGCUGUUAGUGGUCAAGAUUCUUUGCAUGGUGGGCGUGUUCUUCUUUAUGCUGCUGGGUUCCCUGCUCCCCGUGAAGAUCAUCGAGUCCGAUUUUGAGAAGGCCCACCGCUCAAAAAAGAUCCUCUCGCUCUGCAACACCUUUGGAGGUGGGGUCUUUCUGGCCACCUGCUUCAAUGCUUUACUGCCUGCUGUGAGGGAAAAGCUCCAGAAAGUUCUGACUCUUGGGCACAUCACCACUGACUACCCACUGGCAGAGACCAUUGUCAUGUUAGGCUUCUUCAUGACUGUCUUCCUGGAGCAGCUCAUCCUGACCUUCCGCAAGGAGAAGCCAUCCUUCAUCGACCUGGAGACCUUCAAUGCCGGCUCAGACGCUGGCAGCGACUCAGAGUACGAGAGCCCCUUCAUGGGGGCUGCUCGGGGCCACGCAAUCUACAUGGAGCCUCACACCCACAGCCACGGGCUGAAUGUCCAGGAGCUGUCACACUCCAGCCCCCUCCGCCUCCUCAGCCUGGUCUUCGCUCUGUCGGCUCAUUCCAUCUUUGAGGGCCUGGCCCUGGGCCUGCUGGAGGAGGGGGAGAAGGUAGUGAGCCUAUUCGUGGGUGUGGCCAUCCACGAGACGCUGGUAGCUGUGGCCCUAGGCAUCAACAUGGCCCGGAGCUCCAUGCCCCUGAGGGAAGCGGCCAAGCUGGCCAUCACCGUGAGCGCCAUGAUCCCCCUGGGCAUCAGUAUUGGCCUGGGCAUCGAGAGUGCACAGGGCGUGCCCAGCAGUGUGGCCUCGGUGCUCCUGCAGGGUCUGGUGGGUGGCACCUUUCUCUUUGUCACCUUCUUUGAGAUCCUGGGGAAGGAACUAGAGGAGAAGAAUGACCGCCUGCUCAAAGUCCUCUUCCUCGUGCUGGGCUACGCCGUGCUGGCCGGCAUGGUCUUCCUCAAGUGGUGA